AAAAAAAAAAAAAAAGGAGUAAUUGGGAAAGUUGGGAGUUCGUUUUUGUCCGACGCGGAUGCGACAUGUGGCUAUCAUGUCUGAGAGUCCAACUGUACCACGGACACCGACUACUUCCCGGACAACAACCCGAUGGGCAACAUACAAAACAGCAUGAAAGCUAUAAAACAAAGCAGAUAAACCAGUUUGAGAAGAUGAGAGCUGGCGGCCUUAAAAAGGCAGCAUUGCAAAGGUCUGGCUUGUUUCUCGGGCAGCCAAAGACGGAAGAAGGAGCAUCUCCAUCCAGAACUUCAAGGACAUCUGCCUCAUAUCUCUGUCAGCUGACCGCUCAUCACGAGCAUGCUCCUCCUCCUGGUCGUAACGACUGCCGUCAGCCUGUUGCCAGGUGCAAGCGCUCAAUUCAUGGCAGACUUUGACGCCAGCAGCUGUCCCAUCAACUUCUACGGACAAACAUACAACACCCUUUUUGUGGACAUUGUCGGUGGCAUGGUGAAUGUUUGCUUCGAUGAACACAACGGCUUGAACUGCUUCCACAUCGCGCACACCGGGCCGCAAAAUGGAGCCGUGUCGUCCUUCAUGGUGGAAGCGGGGCCUGGGUCAGAGUUUCAUACCGCGCUGCCAGAGCUCACUGGGACGUCACCGUGCUACACGGUCCUGGAAAUGACGACAGACACCGGCGAUGGCGUGUUUGCCAUCUAUUUCCGUACAUUCGGCCAGCAAGGAAGUAUACGUUUCAACCUGUUUGAAGCCAACCUGGAUGCAGAAGUGCAGGUGAACGGCUUGGUAGUGGACCACUGGGAGUCCGUUGAAAGCACAAACCACUUUCUGGUGAGCGGCUGCAGACACGAAGAUCAACUUCAUUUUCCUGACACAAGGGCAUGCGACUCCAUGGGCAGCUUUAUAAAGUGCAAUGCCUCGGCCUACCUGGACUUCGCUCCUCAGCCUAAUGACUACUGUGUGAGGGAUGCCAGCUUGUGCACGGUGAGCGGGUCCACCGUCAUUAACAACCGGGGUGGCUCCACUUCCAUCCCCAAUCACUGUGCCUACGAUCUUGUGGAAGAACUGGACAUGCAGGUGGUGGGCGUGUUCAAUGCGCGCCGCCGCAAAGACGUGAUGUUUUUGGAAUAUGUGCUCAUCGACCUGGGUGACGCCGUCAUUAACCUGGGCCAAGGCGGGAAAGUUCAGGUCAAUGCUGAGUACGUGGACCUCGGAAAUGUUUCCGAGAUCCACAGCGGCGUGGAGCUCUAUAAGGACAUAACUGGGGUCUCCGCCAUGUUGACACACGACACGUACAACACCAAGCUCUACUUUGAUGGCAACUCUGCUGUGCUCUACACUGUGGGUCCUGGCUGGGUUCUACAAGAGGACCUUGCUGGACAUCUGAACGGUCUGUGUGUCAACGAAAGCUUGACUUUGAGUGAAGCAAAGUCUUAUUUGGAAGACUGUGAGGUGAUGUACAGCGAGCCAGCUGACGAGUCCAUCAACUGCACCACAGUGACUGAACAAUGUCAUGUCAUGAACGGCUCCGACUUCGCCGACUGUCACGCGCACGUCGACCCGGAGCCGUACAUCGCUGCUUGCAUUCAGACCAGGUGCAACUACACAGAUCUGGACGGUGUCAAGUGCAUGUUCCAUGAGGCCUAUGCUAAAGCAUGCAGCCUGAAGAACCACUCGGUGGAUGGCUGGAGGUCCAACGCCCAAUGCCCUGCCCAUGAGAUCUUCUGUCCGGACAAUAAUUGCUUGUUUCACGAGUUCUGUGCUGAUGACAUCAAUGGUCAAACCGCUUGCUUCUGUCGUGCCUUAUCUGAAUUCAAAAUGAACGAUACUGUGGGUAAUCAGUCAGUCUGUGUAGAUAACAAUGCUACACUCACUGUGGCCGGUUGCCUUCUCGAGGAAAGGGGCAUCGACUACACUAAACUGCACCUCAAUGACGAGUCCUGUAGAGGUCAUAAGGACAUGUACAACAUGGUGAACUUCUACUUCAACACCAGUAAUAACUGUGGGGCAGUGGUCAUGGUGAACGACAGCAAAAUAUUUUACAAGAACACCGUCAUGAGAGAGAGCAUGGCUACACCUGAUGGCAUCAUGCGCUACGACUCCUUCCAUUUGGACUUCUCCUGCUUCCUAGAACAGCCAGAUAUCAAUGGCAUGACUUUCAAAAUCAAGGAUAACUCUGUGGUCCAGACAGUCAUGUCUGGAUCUUUUGAAUACAUCCUGAACAUGACCACCUACCUGGACUCCAACCACACUCAGGCACUGGAUGCGGACACAGAAAUCCUACUGAACCAGACCGUCUUUGUGAAGCUGAUGACGGCCGGCUUGGACGAAAACCUAAUUUCUGUGGUUGUUGACUCGUGCUGGGCAACGAGCGGGCCAUCGCCCACCGAGAGUCCCAUGUACUACCUGAUCAUUGAUGGGUGUGCAAACUCAGAGGAUGAGACGGUGAGAGUGGAUGUCAACGGACUAGGCCCAACCAGCUCCUUUUCCUUCAACAUGUUCCAGUUCUACGAGGAUCGCUUUAGCAUCUAUCUGCAUUGCAAAAUCCACCUGUGUCUGAAGGCAAACCAGAUCUGCAGCCCGAACUGCUCCAGCUCAAAGAGAAGACGUAGGUCUCUCAAGCCGCAGUACGUCAACGAAAAUCCCAGCCUUAUCAGCAUGGCCUUGACUACAUAGGUUGUGUCCAUGGCGACUCAAAGAGUGCAAAAACCUUCACAAUGACUGUGUCCUGAUGGGAAUGUCUUUUAGAAGCAGAGUUAGCUUUGUUAUGAAGUCACUUUUGACUGGAAGCAUUGAGAGUUUGAAGGCUCUGUCUGUCCAACAGCUGCUAUAUUAUUGUAACACGGUGAAGGGAAAAUUACUUUAUCCGCUUUAUCUACACUGCAAACAAAUCAUCACUCAAGCGUGCUGACCAUUACUCAAGUCAAACUUGACUAGUUCAUUCUUGUCUUGGUUGUGG